GUCGAGCGGCGAAAGUGGCAGCCGGUGGCUCCUGGGGCCAUAUCCCGCGAGGUCGCCCCCGAACUAUUUCUCUGCGUGUCCUCUGGAUCUUCCCUGAGUCUCCCAGAGCCGCGUAGUGAGGAGAAGUCUCCAUCAUCAUGGGGGGAGGAGACCUGAAUUUGAAGAAGAGCUGGCACCCACAGACCCUCCGCAAUGUGGAGAAAGUGUGGAAGGCUGAGCAGAAGCAUGAGGCUGAGCGCAAGAAGAUUGAGGAGCUUCAGCGGGAGCUGCGAGAGGAGAGGGCCCGGGAAGAGAUGCAGCGCUACGCGGAGGAUGUCGGGGCUGUCAAAAAAAAAGAAGAAAAAUUGGACUGGAUGUACCAGGGUCCUGGUGGCAUGGUGAACCGUGACGAGUACCUGCUGGGGCGCCCUAUUGACAAAUACGUUUUUGAGAAGAUGGAGGAGAAGGAGGCAGGCUGCUCUUCUGAGACAGGACUCCUCCCAGGCUCUAUUUUUGCCCCGUCGGGUGCCAAUUCCCUUCUUGACAUGGCCAGCAAAAUCCGGGAGGACCCGCUCUUCAUCAUCAGGAAGAAGGAAGAGGAGAAGAAAAGAGAGGUAUUGAAUAAUCCCGUGAAAAUGAAGAAAAUCAAAGAGUUGUUGCAAAUGAGUCUGGAAAAAAAGGAGAAGAAGAAAAAGAAAGAUAAGAAAAAGAAGCACAAGAAACACAAGCACCGAAGCUUGAGUAGCGAUCGUUCCAGCAGUGAGGAUGAGCACAGCCGGGGGAGGUCUCAAAAGAAGAUGGCAAAUUCUACCCCUGUUUUAUACAAAGUCCCCGGAUAUGGCUUACAGGUCAGGGACUCUGAUCGUAACCAGAGACUGCAGGGUCCUCUGAUGGGCAAGCAAAAGGGAGACCAUGGGAGGAGGAACCAUUCCAGGUCCAGAAGCUCUUCCCACUCACCCUCCAGACAUGCCAGCAGGAAGAGCACCAGGGAAGCAGGGGCUCAGGACAGGAGGUCACGAUCCCCAAGGCCCAGCAAACCGCACAACUCUAAGGUAAACAGAAGAGAGAGAGGCGAAACUAAGAGCCCAUCACCUAAAAAAGAGGUCUACCAAAGGCGGCACACUGCUGGAUAUACCAGAAAACUGUCAGCAGAGGAAAUAGAGCGAAAACGGCAAGAGAUGAUGGAAAACGCCAAGUGGCGGGAGGAGGAGAGACUGAACGUCCUCAGGAGGCAUGCUAAGGAUGAAGAACGGGAGCAGAGGCUGGAGAAGCUGGACUCCCGGGAUGGGAAGUUUAUCCACCGCAUGAAGCUAGAGAGCGCGUCUACUUCCUCCCUGCAGGAUCGGCUGAAGCGGAACAUCUACUCCCUACAGAGGACCUCGGUAGCACUGGAGACGAGCUUUACGAGAAGAUGACACCUGCCCUCUCUCUUACUGGCUUUCCUGAGUCUUCCAGGAAGGCUGCUGACCCCCUAAAAAUUCUCUUUAUAAGAGUUCACAUGACUUCUUCCACAGAUGUCACAUGACCACUGUUCAAAGUGACCCUCUUCCACCAAUUCCUGAAACAGCUCACUUCCUUGGAGAACAAGUGUGACUUGUUUUUUGGGUCCCUUAGUAACUUUUGCCAGGUGCAGAGUGGGUUUUGUCUGUGUUUUUUAAUCAGGGGGCACUGGACGCUGCUGGUGUGAGUCCUCAGCCUGCUGGAAGGCUGCUCCCUGGGCUUAGGAUAGGAUGCCACCUUCCCUCCCACCUAUGUGAACACCCCUGUUCCACGCUUCAGUGUAGACCAGACCUUUCAGGAACCUCUCCCUUCAGAGUCACUCAGAUAGAUUGUGCUUACUGGGACAAAUGAACAUUUACUUGAGUUAGUAGAUAAUGUGACAGGAUGAAGUUAGGGCAGAGCCAAGGGAGUAACAAAGAAUCUGGAAGAGAAAACAAUACAAAAAGCCCUAAAUGAACUGUUAACUAUUUUGUCUUUAGAACUAUAAAAGCGUAGUGUGUAUAUGUACAAAUGUAUAAUUUUUACAUGCUUUUUUUAAAGUUAGCUUUGUGAGAAUAUCUUGUUUGGUCAGUGACUUUACUGUGUAAUAGAACCCCAUCAAACCUUGUUAUUGAGUAAUAAAAUAAAGCAGGUGAGCUCAUUUUUCUCUCUGAAUCCAGUGGGUGUAGGAGGAACCUGGGUUUAUUGAUAGGGUCUAGGGUAGCUAUCCUUCCCCACUGCUGUCUCCAAUGUAGGCAGUGCAGUUGUAUAGCCAAAUAAUUUCAGCAAUCAAGAUCAAAUUGCCAA